AUGUUUGAGGCUGUCUAUAUCGCAGAUAGACAAGAGAACUUAGUGUACGAGUAUCUCGUUCAGCUGCAUGCUCCGCACUUACAGUUGCUUGUUAACUACCUCAAGUUGAAGAAAGAGGAGAAGAAUGAUCCAAGUUCUCAACAAGUCAUGGAACUAAACAACCGUUCCUUCGUUUGCUCUUCGAUUACUCAGCACCUUACAUUCUACGUUCUCUGUCUGAAAAACUCAGAGGAUGAACUCAAUCCGUUGACCCCUUUUGUCUUCUUGGACAGGCUUCUCGAGGUUAUGCAAGAAUACUUUGGCACUCCCCUAUCAUCCACGAAAAUUGAUGCCAACAAUGAUACACUUACUUUGAUUCUAAAUGAAAUGAUUGAUGAUGGGGUACCGCAUAUAACUGAUGUCAACAAAUUGAGAGAAUUAGUACUGCUGAAGAGUCUUCUUUCAAAAAUAUUGAGUACCAGCAAUGAGUUGGCGGCUGCCGCAACAAAUAAGUCUUUGGCAUCUUUAUCGAGUAUAUCCCGCUCUUCUCGAACUCAAGACUCUAUUCCCUGGAGGAAAUCAAAUGUUAGGUACACUAAUAAUGAAGUCUUCGUUGACAUCAUUGAGACGGUCAAUGUUAUUUUGAAGCCCAAGAGUGGCCGUCACGUUCAACCUUCAACUCACAACUUUGACUCUGCAUUUUAUUCGAAUGCUUUUCUUGGGACUAAACUCAUUCCAGUGACGGGAACUAUUUUAGGAGAAAUAGAUUGCCUCUGCCACAUCAGUGGAGUUCCGCUGCUACAAGUUGACUUUAAUUCAGCAGCUUCUCUCGUUGGUGUUCCUCUGUUUCACCCAUGCAUUAAACUUGACACUUGGAUGAGAGCAAAAUCUUUGUCUUUUAUCCCACCUGACGGGCAAUCUACUUUGAUGACUUACCAGGUUGAUAUGGAUACCUUACUGGAAAACGCUCAGCUUGGUAUCCUUAAUCAAAUAGAUUUUCAAUGUCAGCUGGAGCUUGGUUCUAGACGGAACGAAUUUGAACUCCGUUUUAACAUUCCGAAGCAUCAUGCAAUUAAUAAGAUAGAUAGUCUCAGUGUUGAAAUUAUUGCUGGAUACCCAGACAUCUCUAAGAACGAGGAGAAGCGUCUUGAGACUUCAAACGAUGAAAUCUCUAAUAUGAAAAGUAUUAGGGUCAGUCAUGGUGACUUUCGCUACCAGGGUAAUGGAAAAGCAGAAUGGUCGAUUAAGAACAUGAUUACUGGUGUUCAACCCAUCCUCAGAGCUAGUAUCAUGACUUCUAAUUCAAAUGAUGAUUUUUUAGAUUCUUCAUCGGAAUCAUCACAAAAGGAAAAUCUAGAUUUGGGUGUUCAGCAGCCUGUUUCUCCAUUGUAUUACAAAUUGAGAUUUACGUACAAAGGUAAUGUACCAAGUGGAUUGAAGGUAGAUAGCCUUAAGGUUACAAGCAUCAAAGGAUUGGGUGAAAACGUGAAACCGUAUAAGGGUGUUCGGUAUGUAACCAAGUCUGGAGACUACACAGUGAGGACGAAAUGA